AUGACGGUCCGCUUGCAAGACACGAGGAAAACAAACAUACUCCAAAACCACACAUGCGGUCAAAUCACUGCAUGCCCUACCGCGUACGUCCUCACGGUGCCCUCCCAUUGGUUCACGUGUCCAUCUCCCCGCCAUUUUCACAAUCAACGCGCUCGGCUCCUCCACUUGUACUGCACAGUGCAUACAUACAAGUCACAGACUCUGCGUCUCUCUCUCUCUCUCUCUCUCUCUCACACUCUGUAUAUACAGAGACGCAGCAGCCGCCAUUCCAGCGAAAACCCGGACGAAAGCGGCGGCCAGUCCCGUUACCGGGGAAUACGGAAGCGCAAGUGGGGCAAAUGGGUGUCGGAAAUCCGGCUGCCCAAAAGCCGGGAGAGGAUAUGGCUAGGUUCCUACGACACGGCGGAGAAGGCGGCCCGGGCGUUCGACGCCGCCCUCUACUGCCUCGGCGGCCUGACCGCAAAGUUCAAUUUCCCGGAAUCGCCCCCGGAGAUCGACGGCGGCGAGUCUCUCACUCCGCCGGAAAUUCAAGCCGUGGCCAGCCGGUUCGCGAACGAGGAGCGGUCGCCUUCGUCGGAACCCCGGACCGGGGCGGCGCCGGAGCAGUGCACGUCGUCGUCCUUGGCUGCGUCGGCUUCUGCUGGAGCGCACGGAGGGGGCGGCGAGGAUAAGUUGAUGGACUGGUCGUUUUUGAAUCUGCUGUAUCCCGGGGAGAGCGUGUCGGAUUACGACGGGCUUAUAUCGAGCCUGGACAAUGGGCUUGAAUUAAAUUUAUGGUUCCUUAAAUUCCAUAAUAAUGCUUCAUCAAGUAAAAAUAUGUUAAUCAGACAAAACAUUGUAUUGUGAAAGGAAAUGUCACAUUUGUUAUUCUUGUCA